ACGGCCCCGGCGGCCGGGCCGACAUCCCCGCGGCGUCCCUCCGCUAGAGGGGGGGACCAAGCCAAUUCUCCUUUGCAGCAAAAAAAUUACAUGUAUAUAUUAUCAGGAUAAUAUAUACAUCUGAUCUUAUUUUUUAGAAAAAGUUUAUUUUGCUCCGAUUUUGAAAAAGAGGGAGCGUGGGUGGCCAGCGGUUUUUUAUAAAUUAUUCUUAUUUUCUGUUAUCUGUCCCCGUCCCUCCCCACCCCCUGCUGAAGCUUGACUAAGGGCAGGGACCGCGGCUCUCACCUAUCGGUCACCCCCUUACCCGUUCCUCCCCCGCCCCAACGCCUAGCACAGUGCCCUGCACACAGUAGGCGCUCAAUAAAUGUUCGUGGAUGAUGAUGAUGAUGAUGAUGAAAAAAAUGCAGCAUCAACGGCAGCAGCAAGCGGACCACGCGAACGAGGCAAACUAUGCAAGAGGCACCAGGCUCCCUCUUUCUGGUGAAGGACCAACUUCUCAGCCGAAUAGCUCCAAGCAAACCGUCCUGUCUUGGCAAGCUGCAAUCGACGCUGCUAGACAGGCCAAGGCUGCCCAAACUAUGAGCACCUCCGCACCCCCACCUGUCGGAUCUCUCUCCCAAAGAAAACGUCAGCAAUACGCCAAGAGCAAAAAACAGGGUAACUCGUCCAACAGCCGACCUGCCCGUGCCCUUUUCUGUUUGUCUCUCAAUAACCCCAUCCGAAGAGCCUGCAUUAGUAUAGUGGAAUGGAAACCAUUUGACAUAUUUAUAUUAUUGGCUAUUUUUGCCAAUUGUGUGGCCUUAGCUAUUUACAUCCCAUUCCCUGAAGAUGAUUCUAAUUCAACAAAUCAUAACUUGGAAAAAGUAGAAUAUGCCUUCCUGAUUAUUUUUACAGUCGAAACAUUUUUGAAGAUUAUAGCAUAUGGAUUAUUGCUGCAUCCUAAUGCUUAUGUUAGGAAUGGAUGGAAUUUACUGGAUUUUGUUAUAGUCAUAGUAGGAUUGUUUAGUGUAAUUUUGGAACAAUUAACCAAAGAAACAGAAGGCGGUAACCACUCCAGUGGCAAAUCAGGAGGCUUUGACGUCAAAGCCCUCCGCGCCUUUCGAGUGUUACGACCACUUCGACUAGUAUCAGGAGUGCCCAGUUUACAAGUUGUCCUGAACUCCAUUAUAAAAGCCAUGGUUCCCCUCCUUCACAUAGCCCUUUUGGUAUUAUUUGUAAUCAUAAUCUAUGCUAUUAUAGGAUUGGAGCUUUUUAUUGGAAAAAUGCACAAAACAUGUUUUUUUGCUGACUCAGAUAUGGUGGCUGAAGAGGACCCAGCGCCGUGUGCGUUCUCAGGGAAUGGACGCCAGUGCACCGCCAAUGGCACGGAGUGUAGGAGUGGCUGGGUUGGCCCCAAUGGCGGCAUCACCAACUUUGACAACUUUGCCUUUGCCAUGCUCACUGUGUUUCAGUGCAUCACCAUGGAGGGCUGGACAGACGUGCUCUACUGGAUGAAUGAUGCUAUGGGAUUUGAAUUGCCCUGGGUGUAUUUUGUCAGUCUCGUCAUCUUUGGGUCAUUUUUCGUACUAAAUCUUGUGCUUGGUGUAUUGAGCGGAGAGUUCUCGAAGGAAAGGGAGAAAGCAAAAGCACGGGGAGACUUCCAGAAGCUCCGGGAGAAGCAGCAGCUGGAAGAGGAUCUUAAGGGCUACUUGGACUGGAUCACCCAAGCAGAAGACAUUGAUCCUGAGAACGAAGAAGAAGGAGGGGAGGAGAGCAAACGGAAUACCAGCAUGCCCACCAGUGAGACGGAGUCUGUGAACACAGAGAACGUGAGCGGAGAAGGCGAGAACCGAGGCUGCUGCGGGAGUCUCUGGUGCUGGUGGAGAAGAAGAGGCACUGCCAAGGCCGGGCCCUCUGGGUGUCGGCGCUGGGGUCAAGCCAUCUCAAAGUCCAAGCUCAGCCGCCGCUGGCGCCGCUGGAACCGAUUCAGUCGCAGAAGGUGUAGGGCUGCCGUGAAGUCCGUCACGUUUUACUGGCUGGUCAUUGUCCUGGUGUUUCUCAACACCUUAACCAUUUCCUCCGAGCACUACAACCAGCCUGACUGGUUGACACAGAUUCAAGAUAUCGCUAACAAAGUCCUCUUGGCUCUGUUCACCUGUGAGAUGCUGGUCAAAAUGUACAGCUUGGGUCUCCAGGCGUACUUUGUCUCUCUCUUCAAUCGGUUUGAUUGCUUCGUGGUGUGUGGCGGAAUUACCGAGACGAUCCUGGUGGAACUGGAAAUCAUGUCUCCCCUGGGCAUCUCUGUGUUCCGCUGUGUGCGGCUCUUGAGAAUUUUCAAAGUGACCAGGCACUGGACCUCCCUGAGCAACUUGGUGGCAUCCUUGUUAAACUCCAUGAAGUCUAUCGCUUCGCUGCUGCUUCUGCUUUUUCUCUUCAUCAUCAUCUUCUCCUUGCUGGGGAUGCAGCUGUUUGGUGGCAAGUUUAAUUUUGACGAAACACAAACCAAGCGGAGCACCUUCGAUAAUUUCCCACAAGCGCUUCUCACAGUGUUCCAGAUCCUGACAGGCGAAGACUGGAAUGCUGUGAUGUAUGACGGUAUCAUGGCAUACGGGGGCCCAUCAUCUUCUGGAAUGAUCGUCUGCAUCUACUUCAUCAUCCUCUUCAUUUGCGGUAACUAUAUUCUACUGAAUGUCUUCUUGGCCAUUGCAGUAGACAAUUUGGCUGAUGCUGAAAGUUUGAAUACUGCUCAGAAGGAGGAAGCUGAAGAAAAGGAAAGGAAAAAGAUUGCCAGAAAAGAAAGUCUGGAAAAUAAAAAGAACAACAAACCAGAAGUCAACCAGAUAGCCAACAGUGACAACAAGGUUACCAUCGACGACUACAGAGAAGAGGAUGAGGACAAGGACCCCUACCCACCCUGUGAUGUGCCAGUAGGUGAAGAGGAAGAGGAGGAGGAAGAGGAUGAACCCGAGGUUCCUGCUGGCCCCCGUCCUCGCAGAAUCUCUGAGUUGAACAUGAAAGAGAAAAUCGCCCCCAUCCCGGAAGGGAGUGCUUUCUUCAUUCUUAGCAAGACCAACCCGAUCCGCGUGGGCUGCCACAAGCUCAUCAACCACCACAUCUUCACCAACCUCAUCCUCGUCUUCAUCAUGCUGAGCAGCGCCGCCCUCGCCGCUGAGGACCCCAUCCGCAGCCACUCCUUCCGGAACACUAUACUGGGUUACUUUGACUAUGCUUUCACAGCCAUCUUUACUGUUGAAAUCCUGUUGAAGAUGACGACCUUUGGCGCUUUCCUCCACAAAGGCGCUUUCUGCAGGAACUACUUCAACUUACUGGAUAUGCUGGUCGUUGGGGUGUCUUUGGUGUCAUUUGGGAUCCAAUCCAGUGCCAUCUCUGUUGUGAAGAUUCUGAGGGUCCUAAGGGUCCUGAGGCCACUCAGGGCCAUCAACAGAGCGAAAGGACUUAAGCACGUGGUCCAGUGUGUCUUCGUGGCCAUCCGGACGAUUGGCAACAUCAUGAUCGUCACCACGCUCCUCCAGUUCAUGUUCGCCUGCAUUGGGGUCCAGCUCUUCAAGGGAAAGUUCUAUCGCUGCACAGACGAAGCCAAAAGUAACCCCGAAGAAUGCAGGGGCCUCUUCAUCCUCUACAAGGAUGGGGAUGUUGAUAGUCCUGUGGUCCGUGAGAGGAUCUGGCAAAACAGCGAUUUCAACUUUGACAACGUCCUCUCGGCUAUGAUGGCUCUGUUCACGGUCUCCACGUUCGAGGGCUGGCCUGCGUUGCUGUACAAAGCCAUCGACUCGAAUGGAGAGAAUGUGGGCCCCAUCUACAACUACCGCGUGGAGAUCUCCAUCUUCUUCAUCAUCUACAUCAUCAUCGUUGCAUUCUUCAUGAUGAACAUCUUCGUGGGCUUCGUCAUCGUCACGUUUCAAGAGCAGGGAGAGAAAGAGUAUAAGAACUGUGAGCUGGACAAAAAUCAGCGUCAGUGUGUUGAAUACGCCUUGAAGGCACGUCCGCUGCGGAGAUACAUUCCCAAAAACCCCUACCAGUACAAGUUCUGGUACGUGGUGAACUCCUCGCCUUUCGAAUACAUGAUGUUUGUCCUCAUCAUGCUCAACACACUCUGCUUGGCCAUGCAGCACUACGAGCAGUCCAAGAUGUUUAAUGACGCCAUGGACAUCCUGAACAUGGUCUUCACCGGGGUGUUCACUGUCGAGAUGGUUUUGAAAGUCAUUGCAUUUAAGCCUAAGGGGUACUUUAGUGACGCCUGGAACACCUUUGACUCCCUCAUCGUAAUCGGCAGCAUUGUAGACGUGGCCCUCAGCGAAGCCGACCACUAUUUCACUGAUGCAUGGAACACUUUUGAUGCCUUAAUUGUUGUUGGUAGCGUCGUUGAUAUUGCUAUAACUGAAGUGAAUCCAACUGAAAGUGAAAAUGUCCCUGUCCCAACCGCUACACCUGGGAACUCUGAAGAGAGCAAUAGAAUCUCCAUCACCUUUUUCCGUCUUUUCCGAGUGAUGCGAUUGGUGAAGCUUCUCAGCAGAGGGGAAGGCAUCCGGACACUGCUGUGGACUUUUAUUAAGUCCUUCCAGGCGCUCCCAUAUGUCGCCCUUCUCAUCGCCAUGCUGUUCUUCAUCUACGCGGUCAUCGGCAUGCAGAUGUUUGGGAAAGUGGCCAUGAGAGAUAACAACCAGAUCAACAGGAACAACAAUUUCCAGACCUUUCCCCAGGCGGUGCUGCUGCUCUUCAGGUGUGCGACAGGGGAGGCCUGGCAGGAAAUCAUGCUAGCCUGCCUCCCGGGGAAGCAGUGCGACCCCGACUCGGAUUACAACCCUGGGGAGGAGUACACAUGUGGGAGCAACUUCGCCAUCGUUUAUUUCAUCAGUUUUUACAUGCUCUGUGCAUUUCUGAUCAUCAACCUCUUCGUGGCUGUCAUCAUGGACAAUUUUGAUUAUCUCACCCGGGACUGGUCUAUUUUGGGGCCUCACCAUUUAGACGAAUUCAAACGGAUCUGGUCUGAGUAUGACCCUGAGGCAAAGGGAAGGAUCAAGCAUCUGGACGUGGUCACUCUGCUCCGCCGCAUCCAGCCUCCCCUGGGCUUCGGGAAGCUGUGUCCACACCGGGUAGCCUGCAAGAGACUGGUUGCUAUGAACAUGCCACUCAACAGUGAUGGGACAGUCAUGUUUAAUGCAACUCUGUUUGCUCUGGUUCGAACGGCUCUUAAAAUCAAGACUGAAGGGAACCUGGAACAAGCUAAUGAAGAACUCCGAGCUGUGAUCAAGAAAAUUUGGAAGAAAACCAGCAUGAAACUCCUUGACCAAGUUGUCCCUCCAGCCGGUGAUGAUGAGGUAACCGUGGGGAAGUUCUAUGCCACUUUCCUGAUACAGGACUACUUUAGGAAAUUCAAGAAACGGAAAGAACAAGGACUGGUGGGAAAAUACCCCGCGAAGAACAGCACAAUUGCCCUACAGGCGGGAUUAAGGACACUGCACGACAUUGGGCCAGAAAUCCGGCGUGCUAUAUCAUGCGAUUUGCAAGAUGAUGAGCCUGAGGAAACAAAACGAGAAGAAGAAGAAGAUGUGUUCAAAAGAAAUGGUGCCCUGCUUGGAAACCAUGUCAAUCAUGUUAAUAGUGAUAGGAGAGAUUCCCUUCAGCAGACCAAUACCACCCACCGUCCCCUGCAUGUCCAAAGGCCUUCAGUUCCACCUGCAAGUGAUACUGAGAAACCGCUGUUUCCUCCAGCAGGAAAUUCGGUGUGUCAUAACCAUCAUAACCAUAAUUCCAUAGGAAAGCAAGUUCCCAGCUCAACAAAUGCCAAUCUCAAUAAUGCCAAUAUGUGCAAAGCUGCCCCAGGAAAGCGGCCCAGCAUUGGGAACCUUGAGCUUGUGUCUGAAAACGGGCAUCAUUCCUUCCACAAGCAUGGCCGUGAGCCUCACAGAAGGUGCAGUGUUAAAAGAACCCGCUAUUAUGAAACUUACAUUAGGUCUGACUCGGGAGAUGAGCAGUUCCCGACGAUUUGCCGGGAGGACCCGGAGAUACACGGCUACUUCAGGGACCCCCGCUGCCCAGGGGAGCAGGAGUAUUUCAGCAGUGAGGAGUGCUAUGAGAAUGAUAGCUCGCCCACCGGGAGCAGGCAAAGCUACGGCUGCGGCUACUAUAACCGAUACCCAGGCAGCAGUUUGGACUUCGAGCGGCCUCGAGGCUACCAUCACCCUCAAAGCUUCUCAGAGGACGAUGACUCGCCCGUUGGCUACGAUUCCCGGAGGUCUCCGAGGAGACGCCUACUACCUCCCACCCCUACAUCCCACCGCAGGUCCUCCUUCAACUUCGAGUGCCUGCGCCGGCAAAGCAGCCAGGAGGAGGUCCCGCCGUCCCCCGCCUUCCCGCCCCGCACGGCCCUGCCGCUGCACCUGAUGCAGCAACAGAUCAUGGCAGUCGCCGGCCUAGAUUCCAGUAAAGCCCAGAAGUACUCGCCAAGCCACUCUACCCGGUCGUGGGCCACCCCGCCGGCCACGCCAUCGUAUCGGGACUGGACGCCGUGCUAUACCCCGCUGAUCCAGGUCGAGCGGCCGGAGGCCCCAGACCAGGUCAACGGCAGCCUGCCGUCCCUGCACCGCAGCUCGUGGUACACGGACGAGCCCAGCGUCUCCUAUCGGACGUUCACACCAGCCAGCCUGACCGUCCCCAGCAGCUUCCACAACAAGAACAGCGACAAGCAGAGGAGCGCGGACAGCCUGGUGGAGGCAGUUCUGAUAUCCGAAGGCUUAGGACGGUAUGCGAGGGACCCAAAGUUCGUGUCGGCGACAAAACACGAAAUCGCCGAUGCCUGUGACUUAACCAUCGACGAGAUGGAGAGUGCAGCCAGCAACCUGCUGAACGGGAACGUGCAUCCCCGGGCCAACGGAGACGUGGGCCCCGUCUCACUCCGGCAAGACUACGAGCUCCAGGACUUCGGGCCUGGCUACAGCGACGAGGAGCCGGACCCCGGGAGGGACGAGGAGGACCUGGCAGAUGAAAUGAUUUGCAUCACCACCCUGUAGCCCCUCCCCGGGAGCCGCUGAUGGGCUCUGGCCUCAAGGUGGGGCGCCGGAGGGCCAGGGGGAAAAGUGCCUCGUAGUUAGGAAAAUUUAGGCACUAGCAUGGAGUCCCUGUUCGCAGUUAGAAUUUUGUAACAAGUGAUGUCAUGCCUCAAGGAAGCCAUAUUGCUGGCAGGGGACAGCCGUGCCCCAGCUGCGUGGGCAGGUCCAGCCCUCCUGGAGAGGACCAGCGAGGAGGGUCAGACGGGCCCUGCUGGCUUGUCUGCGGCGCUUGCCUGCCGCCCGCAGGCACGGGGUGGGAAAGGUUUAAGGUGAUGACGAUCACCAUACCUGUGUCAUUACCUCAGCCAUCGGUCUAGCAUAUCAGACAUUCACUGGGCCCAGCAUAUCCAUUUUUAAACCCUCCCCCCCCACCCCCCAAAAAAAAACAA